UUUUGGGUAAUGAUAAUUUUAUUAAGUAAUAAUUUUAUUAAGUAAUUGAAAUAAAUGAGAGAAAAAAGUUUUCUUUUUUGGAACCAAAUUAUUAUUUGAAAGGAAAAAUUCACCGGUAUCUCUAUAUUUGGACUAUUUUACAAUCUAUGUUUAUAAUUUCAUAAAUUAUCCAAGUACAUUUUUCUAUUUUUAAAAGAAAUAAACACAAUAUCAUUAUAAUUUCCUUUUCUUAUCAUUUUCAAAAUCUUUCCAUCUCUAUGAUUUUUAAAUUUUGAAAAAACUAGCCGUUGGAAAAUUUAUAAGAAAGUAAACAAUUAGGUCUCUUAAUAUGUAUAUAUAUAUACAUAUAAUUUACUACACAAAUCAAACCCAAAAAUAAAAUACUAAAAUCUUUUUAAGAUUUCUUCUUCAAUAGCAAAAAGAUUGAGACAAAAUCUUUGGUUUAGCUUUUGAAAAUCUAAUUUUGCUGAGAUUCUCCUAAAUAUCUUUUGAAAAAUAUGAUUUCUGUUAAUUGUGCAGCUUGCCAGUAUUUGAAAAAGAAGUGUCAUUUUGAUUGCAUUUUCUAUCCUUACUUCCCUUCCAAUAAUCCUGAAAGAUUUGCAUGUGUUCAUCGGAUCUAUGGUGCUAAAAAUAUUAGGAAAAUGCUCCAGCAAUUGCCAAUUCAUCUGAGAGUUGAAGCAGCAGAGUCAUUGUAUUAUGAAGCAAAAUGUAGAAUUGAAGAUCCAAUAUACGGUUGUGCAGGGAUUAUUUCUCAAUUACAUCAACAAAUACACAAUGCAGAGAGUCAAGUAGCAAAAAUCAGAGCACAGAUUGCCUUCCUCAAUUCUAAUGCACAUGAAAUGGAAUCCAACACCAACAAUCUUAUUCAGGGACACAGCAAUAUUGGAUAGUAUCAAUUUCAAACUCCCUAGUCAAUCUAGAAUAAUUAAUAUAUAUUUUGGUCAAUAACACGGUUUAGAUUAAUACAUUUUUAAUAUUUAUUAUGCAAAAUUUUAGAAGUUCUUCACUUUGCAAUAUAGUUAAGUUUUAAAAUUGCAUUAGAAAAACCUUACAAGCAGUUAGGCUGCUACUGGAUUGUUCACUAGAAAUAAAAUUAUUAUAUUUAAGCUUUUGUUGUUAUUCGUGACAUAUAAAUACAUCAUAAACAUUUU